CUGACGCAGGGACGUAAGGGGGGGCUUGCGGGAAGAGAGGCGCCGCCAUUACUGUCGGAGCCAAGGUUGGAGAGGAGAAGGGUCAAUUUCUGGAAUUCUGGAUUGUGCUUUGGAAGUAUUUUCACCAAGAAGAACUUCUGAAUAAGUGGCCACAAAAUGGGUCGCCACUUUGGAAACUUGAUCAAAGUGCGGCACAUUAUCACCUAUACCAUCUCUCCAUUUGAACAAAGGGCAUUUGCAAAUUAUUUCUCCAAAGGCAUUCCCAAUACAUGGAGGCGAUUCAAGGGUCAAGUGUUACGGAUUGUUCCACCAUUUGUGAUCUCAUAUCUUAUUUAUACCUGGGCCAUAAAUGAACAUGAAAUGUCAAUGAGGAAGAAUCCGGCUGACUAUGUGAAUGAUAAAUAAAUGGUGGUGUUUGGAAGAGAGAGUUUCUACUGAUUUACCAUGUGUAUUCCUAACUAACUGCUAACUUUCACUGAAAUAAAUGUCUGUGUUUAGAAAUAAAAUAUUAAGUGUCCAA